AUGGACCAGAGUUAUUCCACCCCAAAGCGCCCCAGUGGCAUUCCACGGCCCAUGUCCAGACUCCCACUGCCAACCCAUUCAACUACCAAAUCCGUCAGACCAUCCCCAUCUCACGAACGACUGCAGGCCGAUCCCGGAUUGAACAUAGAGCGAUUGCGAAGACCGUCACAAGAACUCUUUAAGAAGCCUCCACUUCCUUCCCCCGCAAAGUCUCGAGGAACCCUGCAUGACCAUGACCAUGAAAGCAGAAGCAACCAAACCAGCAUUUAUUCUCCAACAGACAAGCCAUCCAGGCCAUCACUCUCCGAUCGAACUAUCGAAACUAUAGCUCAAAUCCCCACAUCUCCCUCCCCUAGCAAGAAGAGAUCUACCUUUUUUGCGCCAGAAAGCCCCAUGACACAUUUCUCGUGCACAGCUUCUACAAUAAACAACCGCCAUUCGCGACCGUCCUCACGUCAAGAUCAAUUGUCUGGACCUGUCCUCCAAAACCCCUCUACUGUACGGACCGUAUCCGCCCCGCGGACGCCUUCUAGCACCUCCAGUUUGACCCAACCAGUUCUCAAGAGAUCGGUUUCAUUGGUUAAAGAUUCUCCAAGUCGGCCCUCAUCAAAUGGUCCAAGUAUUGAACCAAACCAAAAUAAGACUUCCAAAAGAACAUCUCUAGCAUCAAAGAAAGAGCCAAAGACAACAACGGCUACUCAACGGACUUCCUUUUACGGAGGAGGCAAAAGCAUGGCAAUGAGGCAUGCCAAAGGGCGACUAUCACUAGGUACCUCAUUUGCGGACCUACCUAGCAAUGAGGGAAGCGCUACCAAGGAACCUAUUAAGCCAUUUGUACCAAAAUCUCGAAAGCCGUCUUCGACACUUUCCUCCAAUGUCACCUCCCCCACGUCUUCCACAUCAAAAAUCUCAUCGCGGGCUUCCAUGACCUCAGACAGUAAUCCAUCUGAUUUAGCCACGCGGGAACUAGACGCAAAAAAAGCAGCAAAAUCUUCAAGUGCUUUGCGAGAAAGUAUCGCUAAAGCGAAAGCUGCUAAGAAAGCUGCAAGAGAAGGCUCUGUCAAAAAUGGUGUGGUUGACAACAAUAUGGAUCCCGUUGACUUCGGCGAUCCUUUUGCCCAGUGGUCCAAAACAGACCCCAAUAAACGGGUGUUGAAGAACAGGACUAGUGCAGCAAGGACGUCUGGUCAUUUAAAUAUCGCCGCCAUGGGCUUGAGGAUGAUCCCGGAUGAGGUAAUGACAAUGUAUGACUUUGACCUGGAAAGUGAGGGCGAGUGGUAUGAGAGCGUUGAUCUUAUAAAGUUUAUUGCAGCGGACAAUGAGUUCCAGUCGUUACCGGAUUCUCUGUUUCCUGACGUUGACUUCGAUACUCUGGAGAUGAACGAGGAUACUAAAGGUUGUCAAUUUUGGGGACUGGAAGUCCUCGAUCUUCAUGGCAACCUCCUUACUACUUUACCAAAUGGAUUGCGACGGUUACAGCGGUUGCGUUCCUUAAACCUUGCCCACAACCAACUAGACGCGGAAGCCCUCAACAUCAUUACGGAAAUUGUGUCUCUAAUUGACUUGAAAUUAGCAAACAAUAAACUUCAAGGCAGCCUGACACCUAGUAUUUGUUCCCUUUGUAAACUUGAAGUCCUGGAUCUUCGCGACAACGCCCUUACUGAACUUCCAGAUACCCUAGCCAACCUCUCCUCACUGCGUGUUAUUAACGUUGCUGAAAACCAACUAACCUCCCUCCCGUUUGAGGCUCUCACUGCACUACCACUCGUCGAGGUCAAUGCCCAGAAGAAUUGCCUUCAAGGCCAUCUUCUUCCUUCAACAGUUACCCGUUUGAACACGUUACAAAUUUUGAAUGUAGCAGGAAACCGCUUGGAAAGCCUUUCUCCUGCUGAACACUUAGAGCUACCCAACCUCCAGCAACUGUCAGUAGACGCAAAUCGGAUCAAGGUGUUGCCAAACAUCUCUACUUGGAAAUCCAUCCUUACUCUAACCGCCGAAGACAAUGCCCUCUCUGCCAUACCAGACGGCUUUUUAGAACUGGAGAACAUUAAAGUCGUCGAUUUUACGGGUAACAAUAUAACAACGCUGGACGAGAAGAUCUCCCUGAUCGAUAGUCUCAUUUCCUUCCAUAUUGCGAACAACCCAUUAGUGGAACGCAAAUUCCUUACGAUGGACACCGAUGACCUGAAAAGAGAGCUGCGAAACCGCUGCGAGCCCGAUGUGCAUGAAGCAGGGGAAGAAAAUGGCUCAGUCCAGACAGAAUUCACCCUAGCACCGGAAAGCCCUACGCCCCCAAGCGCCUGGCGCGUCAGGUCCGGAGGUGUCCUCGAUCGCUCAUCCACGGAUAUCUCUGACCUCGACCCAGCAGACAUAGAGCCCCUUCUCUCCUCAUCCACAGGAAUUAAAUGCCUCUACCUCCACCACAACCGCUUCCACAACCUGCCAACAGCAGGCCUCUCCCUAAUCGCCCACACACUCACUGACCUCGACCUCUCCCACAAUCCCCUCUCCUCCCCGUCUUUCCUAACAGCCCCACUUACCCUCACAAGCCUGCAAAACCUCACGCUCAGCGCCACCGGGCUGACCAGCCUAGAACCGCUCCAAGCCCAUCUCUCCGCUCCACUCCUUACUCUCCUCGAUGUCUCCAAUAACCGCCUAACGGGACCCUUGCCUUUCAUCCGGUACAGCUACCCGCAGCUAAUCACCUUCCUCGUCCCCGAUAAUCAAAUUGAGAGCUUGGACUUUGAUGCCGUGCAGGGCUUGCAGGUGCUUGAUGUGAGUAAUAAUAACAUUUCUUCCCUGCCACCGAGGUUGGGUCUUUUGGGCGACACCGAGGGUUCCGGUACUGGCUCUGGGUCUAGACCGGGUGGUAGGGGUGGAGCAUGUUUGCGCAGGUUGGAUGUGGCGGGGAAUAGCUUCCGUGUCCCCCGUUGGCAGGUUGUGUCGAAAGGGACAGAGGCUGUGUUGGAGUGGUUGAAGAAUAGGAUUACACCGGAGGAGUUGAAGGAGUGGGAGGUUGAUGAGGAUGAAGUUGAUUAA